CUGUCUUUUGCCUUCCAUUCCUCCAAACACUAAAUGCGAUUUGCCUCUCUCCCUCUCUCUCCCAUCUCUUCCCUUCCCCUUUGUUUCUGAAGCUUUUUUGCAGGCCUUUCUUCUUCAAUUAGGCUUCCUUGUCCCUUUGAAUUCUACCUUCUCCUUUGACUACUUUUCCAUACCAAUAACAAAUUUCUCCAAUCUUUUUUUUUUUUCUAAUUUUUUUUUGAAAAAAAUUCAAUGGCCGCAGCUUCUUUCAUCUUGAAAGACCCUAACACCAGUUCUUGAAAGAAUAUAUAUAUUUUUAAAAAAAAAGAAAAAAGAAAGAAAAGAAGAAGAGAUAAAAGAAGAAGAGAUACUGCCCUUUUCUUCUGAUCAAAGGGGUCUAGAUCACAAACAGUGACAUGGCAUCAUCAAGCUCUUCCAACUCUCCUUGCGCCGCCUGCAAGUUCUUGAGGCGGAAGUGCAUGCCUGGAUGCAUAUUUGCUCCGUAUUUUCCACCAGAAGAGCCACAGAAAUUUGCCAACGUCCAUAAGAUCUUCGGUGCGAGCAACGUGACAAAGCUCCUAAAUGAGCUCCCCCCACAUCAGAGAGAAGAUGCUGUGAACUCGCUCGCCUAUGAGGCUGAGGCCCGGGUGAAGGAUCCAGUGUAUGGAUGUGUUGGUGCCAUCUCAGUCCUCCAAAGACAGGUCCACAGGCUCCAAAAGGAAUUGGAUGCUGCCAACGCUGAUCUGAUCCGUUAUGCCUGCAACGACAUCCCCACAGCAUUGCACGGCACGCAGACGCCUGCGUUGCCACCGAUGCCGUCACCUCGGGGUUUCAGUAGAAGGGUGGGUAAUGGAGGAGGUUCUUUCUACCAGAAUUCUGGGUUGCCUAUUCCAUAUCCUCCUCCAUGGACUAAUAAUCCUUCAGGAGAUAUCAAUGAAAGAGGAGGAGAUGGGAAUAUGUGAUUUUUAUAUGGGCAUUCUUAGGUAAAAAAGAUCUAUCUAGGAGUAAUCUUUCCAUGAAUAUUUAUCUAGAGUGGUUUCCAUUAGUAUGGCAUGCUAUUUUUCUAAGUUACUAAGAGAACAUUUCAUGGACUGUUUUUAUAAAAUCUUGGGUACUGUGAAUUUCUUGGCCAAAAAAAAAAAAAAAAAAGAAGAAGCGGAAGAAGAAGAAGUAGAAGACUUCAAUAAUCUGUAUAUUUGGUGUAUGUAUUUGGGAUUUGGGGUUCAAGUAGAUGAUGGUGAGCGAUUGAUCUGAUGUUGAGUCCCACAGUUCUUCAGACCUUGGGAAGAUCAAAUUCCUUUGUUAUGGCGUCUGUUCAUGAUUAAGAAAAAAAAAAAAAGAGAUAUAUUACUUACUUUAAAGAUGAUUCUCUACCUUA